CAUUUUAACGAGUCCAUUAUUUGUUAUGUCCCCUGAAGGGACAAUGGGAGGAGAAAUCUGCGAUCAGGAAGGGAACCGCCAUCAAUCGGGUGGUCCCCACAGACGUAAUGUGUUUUACAUUAAGCCGGAGGAACGCUUUCGACGAAUAAUUAAAACAUCGGAAAUCUUUUAUCUGUUGCCUAUAUAGCUUUUUCUAAUGACGAGUCUCUAAAAAGUAUUAGAGAGUUAAUGGCGAUUGUUUCAUAAUGUGGGUAAAAUGUCAUUUGAGUUGAUUGCGCUAGACAAAAAAGACUACGUUAAAUGUGUGGUUUCGGUACGAAUUGAUCAAAAUCUAUUUAAGAUGGAUGGUUUCAUCUGUUUUUACACUUAAGUAAUCAACCUGUGUCUUAGUAGAUGAGAAGACUGAGCAUGCGUCAAUAUGCCAAUGACACUACCAAUCAAUAGCAACUAUCAUGAUCCGGACGCCCAGACUCUGCUGGAAUAUCUACCUCAUCUACAAUCCCAGCUUACCGUCCAGGAGGAAGAUGUGGCGUUUCUUAGAAGAUUCCUGAGACGUAAGGAAGUACAGGCUACCAUGAAGUCCUAUAAAAGUAUAUCAAUUUUAAGUUAUCGAAAACUUCGACCAGUGUCCAUGGCAGCCGUCGCUCUUGCAGCAAAUAUUUUCUGUGAUAUUCGAAGAUGCAACGAUGAUUCUCAGUUAUCCGAAGAGCUGAUGGAGAUUUUGUCUAAACCAAGUGUACAGGCUCUUCUAUAUACCCAUGAUGUAGUUGCAAAACGUGAUUAUGAAACCGGAAGUUGCAACACUAAACAGGAAAGACACGCCGAAGACAAUAACAUCAAAGUUGUUCAACUGGUGAAAAAGAAUGAGCCCUUGGGAGUAACAAUACAACAGAACGAUGACACAGGAAUCAUAGAAAUUGCCCGGAUAUUGCAUGGUGGCGCGGCACAUAGAAGUGGUCUCAUUCAUGUUGGAGAUGAGAUUCACGAAAUUAAUGGUGUCAAGUUCACAGGUCGCAAUCCUGAUGACAUGGCCAACUUAUUGGCACGUAUAACGGGACCAGUAACUCUCAAAUUGGUACAACGACAGCAAGAACCACCCUCAAAACGGGCAAGUAAUAUAAGGGUUAAAGCCUUGUUUUCCUACGACCGACAUGAAGAUACGUUGAUACCUUGCCAGAAUGCAGGGCUGUCAUUCAAGAGGGGAGAUAUUCUGCACAUCGUCUCUCAAGAGGACCCCUUGUGGUGGCAAGCGAGACCGGAAAAGGAAACAGAGGGAGUGACGGGUAUUAUACCCUCGCAGCUUUUACAGGAAAGAAGAGAGAUCCUGCAAGAACUCAUGACAAAGAAAGAAGUUAAAGGCAGAAGAGCACGGUCUGUUAGUCCUUGCAAAGUCAGUCCUCGAAUCUCAAGGUCAAAACGGGUGAAAAAGGUCAUGUAUCAAGCUGUCCAGAAUGGAGAAUUUGAAAUGGGUGACAUCCCUACGUAUGAAGAAGUGGAGCUGAUGAAACCUGAUCCCGACCAUAGCAGACCCCUUAUACUAGCAGGUGUAUCUAACGUGGGCAGAAAUGAGUUGAAACAGCGCCUAAUGGGGAGUGAUCCAUCUCAUUUUGUUGACGUUGUUCCAUAUACCUCCAGACCACCAAAGUCCUACGAAGUGCAGGGACGUGAAUACCACUUUGUAACGAGACGUGAAAUGGAAAGCGCGAUAUUAGCGAGAAGAUUUGUAGAGCACGGGGAAUAUAAGGGUCAUUUAUAUGGUACCCGGAGAGACUCCAUAUUGUCUAUAGUAAAAUCUGGACGGGUACCCAUCUUAACACCCAGUGCCAAAGCCUUAAGAUACUUGAGAAUAUCUGAAAUCAAACCUUUCAUCAUCUACAUCAAACCACCUUCCAUUAACUCUUUUCGAGAGACACGGCUAAAAUACAACGCCAUUUUUACUGGUGAAGAUGGAAGCGCCAUUCCUUGUUCUGAGGACAUCAUAUUAUCAGUUGUUGCCAAAAGUGCCAAACUAGAAGAAAUAUACGGGCAUCUGUUUGACUUUGUUAUUGUAAAUGACGACAUAUCACGAGCAGCUCAGGAACUUAUAAAAGUAGCAGAAAAUGUAAAGAGGGAUUUACAAUGGGUACCGGCGGCUUGGGUGGAGUAGUUAAUUUAUUUUAAAAAACUCGUUGUUUGAGCAAUAUACUGUAUGAGAUUUAUGGA